AUGGCACGCCAGAGGCUGCGGGAAGCGAGGCGGUGGGCACGCGCAGCCGCCGUGCCGCGGGACCUGCAGGAGCGGUGCGCGGCGCCGGCGGAGCGGCUGCGGCAGGUGGCAGACGCGAUGGCCGCGGAGAUGCGCGCGGGACUGGCCUCCAACGACUCCGAGGGAGAGAGCGCGAGCAGCGUCCUCCUCAAGAUGCUCGUCACCUACGUUGACUCCCCACCCUCCGGGUAUUCAGCGCAGACCCCUACUCCUGCCUGUUCGAUUAAGACCCGGAGAGCGAUCCGUCCGAAAUGCAGGAAUGGUAGUGUGGAGCUGUUUGAUUUUAUUGCGGUUGCUUUAGCAAAGUUCGUUGCCUCAGAGGGUGAGGGCUUUCAUCUUCCUGAGGGCAUGCAAAGACAACUUGGUUUUACAUUCUCCUUUCCAGUGAAGCAAAAUUCAGUUGCAUCUGGCACUCUUAUCAAAUGGACAAAGGGUUUUGCAAUUGAUGAAAUGGUAGGAAAGGAUGUAGUGGCAGAAUUAAACAAGGAUAUCAAACGCCAAGGAAUUGAUAUGAAAGUCACAGCACUGGUCAAUGACACAGUAGGGACAUUGGCUGCUGGGAGAUAUGUGGAUAAUGAUACUGUUGCUGCAGUUAUACUGGGUACUGGCACUAAUGCAGCAUACAUAGAACAUAUGAACUCAAUUCCUAAAUGGUGUGGCCCACCUCCUGAGUCUGGAGAGAUGGUGAUAAACAUGGAAUGGGGGAACUUUAGAACAUAUCACGUGCUGAUGAGGCAUCAAGACACAUCACCUGAUCUCAGGACAGUUGGCAUCAACCUGAAAGAAAUCUUCGGGAUAGAAAACACCUGUGGCAAAACAAGGAAAUUGGUAGUGGAUGUUUGUGAGGUGGUUGCCACUCGCAGUGCGCGACUUGCUGCUGCUGGGAUACACGGCAUCCUCAAAAAGCUUGGGCGAGACAUUGCCAGCCCUGACAAACAAAAGACGGUGAUUGCUGUGGAUGGCGGAGUUUACAAGUACUAUACUUUCUUCGCCCAGUGCAUGGAGAGCACUCUAAGAGACUUGCUUGGGGAGGAAGUGGCGUCCUCUGUCGUGAUAAAACUUGCCGAAGAUGGCUCAGGCACUGGAGCGGCCCUCUUGGCAGCCUCCUAUUCUCAACGUUUCCAGGCCGUGGGUGUUUAA